AUCACAGCCGCUCUUGGCGCCGCUCUUCCUUAAGUUCAGCCGUCGGGGCGUCUUUGAAAAAGUCCGGGAUGUGACGCUUGGGCGGACAAUGGCGAGAGUCCUGCGGAGUUAAGCCGGCUCGGCGCGGAGAGCAUCCGCGGUCCCGGAAAAUGCGCUUCUCCUCUCGUUGCGCUUGCAAACCUAACUCUGGCGAUUGCGGCGGCGGCGGCGGCUGUAGCAAGCAGAGAGGCACCAGAAAACAGCGGGGGGGAGCGGCCUUUGCUGACCGGGUCCUGCUCCGUGAAAGGGGAGGAGGGCAGGCUUCCUGUCCCUACUUCGGGCAGCCGGCCGCAUUACCGGUGGGAUUAGACGCGCCGUGCACCUCUUCAGCUAAGAAGAGAUUGAGUCGCCUGGUUGUCGAGGGAGGAAGGGGCUGCUUGCCUCGGCCCCUUCCUGCCCGGUCCUGCUUCGAUUUCAGUUGCUGAAACUGAGGCUCUCGCAGCCGCGCGUUGCUUGGAAGCAGGACUGCUCCACUCUAGAGAUAGCCUUCUGCUGCCCCUCCGUAUGGCUGCAGAGCCCCUGCCUUCCGAGGCCUCCUGGGUCAACUGGAUGGGCGAGCCCACCGUAGCCUGGCAGAGUGACCCCGUCAGCACCAAGCCCAGGAAAGGGCCAGGUGCCUUCCAGCUCGGGACGCAGUUCUGGAUUUUUAACCACAGCGGAGAGGAGACCUCGCCCCCGUUUCUGACCGACGCUUGGCUCGUUCCCCUCUUUUACGCCCUUAUCAUGUUGCUAGGUCUGGUGGGCAACGGCCUGGUCAUCUAUGUCAUCAGCAAGCAUCGCCAGAUGCGCACAGCCACAAACUUCUACAUUGCAAAUCUGGCCACCACUGACAUCAUAUUCUUAGUGUGCUGUGUUCCCUUCACUGCCACUCUCUAUCCCUUGCCCAGCUGGGUGUUUGGCGACUUUAUGUGCAAAUUUGUCAACUAUUUGCAGCAGGUGACUGUCCAGGCCACUUGCAUUACUCUGAUGGCUAUGAGUGUGGACCGCUGCUAUGCUACACUGUACCCAUUGCAGUCGUUGCGUUAUCGAACCCCCCAGGUAGCCAUGGCCAUCAGCUUUGCUAUUUGGAUUGGUUCCUUCAUUCUCUCCUUGCCCAUGGCUAUGUUUCACCGUACUGAAAAUGGCUACUGGUAUGGGUUACGUACCUACUGCAUUGAAGCUUUCACAAGCAAGAACCAGGAGCGCAGCUUUAUCCUCUACACUUUCCUGGGUGUUUAUCUAUUGCCUCUUCUCACUAUUUGCUUCUGCUACACUAUCAUGCUCAAGCGCAUUGGACGUCCUGUGGUUGAACCAGUGGACCAUGAUUACCAGCAAGUGCAACAUCUCUCUGAACGCUCAGCGGCCGUGCGAGCUAAGAUUUCCAAAAUGGUUGUUGUGAUUGUGCUUCUUUUUGCCAUUUGCUGGGGUCCUAUCCAGUUCUACCUGCUUUUUCAGGGCUUCUAUCUCCAUUUCCAGGUGAACUAUGAAACCUAUAAGAUUAAGACAUGGGCUAAUUGCAUGUCUUAUGCUAACUCUUCCCUCAAUCCUAUUGUUUAUGCUUUCAUGGGAGACAGUUUCCGCAAAUCCUUCAAGAGAGCGUUUCCCUUCCUCUUCCGCCAACGUGUACGGGACAACGGCAUGCAUUCAGGCUCCCAUAACGCGGAGAUGAAAUUUGUUACUGAAGAGAUCUAACUUCCGUUGUGAGGAAGAACUUGGCUGGCUUCCUUCUCGAGAAAGGAUAUUUCAACUGACAUGUUAAAAUAAGAUGGUUACUGACUCAGCCAUAUAGGAAAGGUAAUUACUUCAGUACGCCCUACACAAAGCAGAAUUUUCUGCAUCUUAGGCUACGUUAAAUUCCAUAUAACAACUAGGGGUUCCAUAUUAUUCCUUGUGAAUUUUAAUUUUAAAUGCUUCAGGAAUCUGCACUGCUGUAUUAGGUUUCAAUGCUGGCGGAAGCAAGCCUACUGUUUUGUAUUUAUGGUCAUCUUUAGAAUAUAAGUUCUGUACAACUUGAAUUUACCCAG